CUCUGAGCUAUUCCAAGACAUUGAUAAACUUCCGUAGGCGAUAUCAUCCUCUUGGCGUCCGCCAAGGCACAUCCCAGCCCAGGAGGAAGGAAAACUUCAUCCCAAAUGAUCCUUGGAUCGUAAAAAAAGAAGCUUUGGAAAUAUUCUGUGCUGUAUUAUGAACCAAUAAUUUCAAAUACGGAACAAAUGAAACAAAGUAACGGAUUUAUGCAAGAAUCCAUGGCGACUGAAGAAGUGGAUGUUCCACUUAUAAGCAAUGAAAAAAUGGAAAUAAAUAAUAUUUCUUCAGCGGGGGCUGAAGAAUUUUCUUUGGCCCCUAUCAAAUCUAAGAGUGUGCCGUUGUUUAAGUUAACGGCCUUAUAUAAAAGCCGGUUGAAGAGCUGUAUAUUCCUGCACAUUAUUUUUUGCUUCGUGUUGUUGGCAAAGUUAUCGGAGGACAUUUUGGAUAGCAUGGAUGUUUUUAUUCUUCAGCUGGAAGAACUCUAUAUCCCUAAACCUUUAUUUUUUGAAUAUAUUUACGCAGCAAGCUCAAUUUUAUCAAUUUUUGCGCUCAGGGCAUUAGCUCAUAAUUUGGGAUCUCUCAAAGCUUACGCUGCUGCAGUUGUUGUGUUUAGUAUCUGUCCUCUACUGAUAGGCUUAAUUUAUUUUUUUUACGAUGUGCUAGAAUACACUGAUAAAAAGGACGAAGCUGAAAUUGAAAAAUAUAAUGGAAUCCCCCUAUGCUUGAUAUAUUACGGUUAUAUAUUGAUUGCUCUUCAAAUCCAUUUCUUUUCUUUAUAUUUUACAGCAAAGCUUUUAAAAAUUUGGAAGACCAAAAUGAAAAAAUAUUGAUGAAAUUCUUAUUUCCAUGAAUGUCUUUGUACCAUUGUUUUAUCUAAAUCUGACACAUAUUGUGUUAUUGUUAUGUGUCAUUUAUUGUGGUAUAAUAUAAUUUAAGAAUAUAUAUUUUUAUAUUCAUCUAAACACUAUGAGCUGAUAUCAAGUAAAGGUAAAAAUUUUAAGCCUCUCACUUUUAUCUAAAUUAAAAAAAGUUUAAAUUUAUAAGCUUUUAAUAUUAUCGCGUUAUUUACUUAUUUUUACUGUGGAAUGUUAAAGUAUUUUAGUUGAA